UCAGCGCGAGCAGGCGACGGAAUGCGCGCGCUGGGGUAGUAACUGAAUUUCAGUGUGACAGAGUGGCAAGCAAAACCGCUAGAUUUUGUGAAUACAGAGUAUCCGAUCAGGACCAGUUCUACCGUCUUCAAAAUUAACUCAGUUACUUUCAGACAAAGUUUAAUUUAAGUUGACACCCGGAGAUAUCUUCAGAACAUCGUGCCAAACGUAUUUCUACAUCUAUGAAUAAACUUAAACGGUGGAGGGCAUCAGAUCUUAUUCAAUUCAGUAUGGAAUUUGAUUAAAACCACUGAAGUUUGGAUAUAGGUGGCUUGGACAGAUAAUGGUAACCACAUUAUAUUUGUGACAAUCAAAUCCAGUGUUGACGCGUCGAAGUGUAUCAAGGAGAUACAAAGUGACGGAAAAUUGGACAAAUACUUAAUCUUCAUCUCGAAUCUUCACAUUUCAAGUAGAGUUUUAGUUCAGGACAACUGAACGGGGUGAGCUUUACUGGUAUUUUCUUAUAGAUGAAAGCCACAUAGUACUAUGCGCGCACGAACUUGACAUGGCAUAAUGGAAAGCUAGAAUAUUGGGAGUGCCAAAUACUGGGAAUGCCUUAUUACUAGUAAGUUUCUAGCAUCUUUGAAUUUGAAUUGAAACGGAAAUUGGCAAUUUGUCACACAUUUGUGAAAAAAAAUAUUAUAAUUUAAAAGCUGUUUUCUUCCUGUCAUCGCCCCAGGCACCUUCGUGGUGGAGAAAUGGGAUGACAGGGGGCAGCUGAGGUGAGACUGAUAAGGACAAUGAUCGUGCCCGGCGUUGGCAUCCCGCUCCCGGAGCGUCUGUUGCUGAUGUUGGUCCUGCUGUCUGUCUCUGAGUCGAGGCUCACUCAAGCUUGCCCUGGGCUCAUCACUAGUGGCUGCAGCUGUACCGAUGACCGCUCCAAAGCCCACUCCACUCAGACUGUUCGGAAAAGAGUCCGCUGCGGUAACGAAGAACUUUCUGAAACUCCAGAGUCCGGUCUGCUACCGAACCAGACCGUUACUUUAAUUUUGAGCAACAAUCGCAUCAGGGUUCUGAGAAAUGGAUCCUUUGUUGGACUCUAUGCCCUGGAGAAACUAGACCUCAGGAGCAACCUCAUCAGCACCAUCAUGCCUGGAGCCUUCCAAAGUUUAUCUGCUCUUCGGAAGCUUGACCUGUCCAACAACCGCAUCGGCUGCUUGACUCCCGACAUGUUCCAGGGACUCACCAACCUCACCAAACUGAACCUCUCUGGAAACAUCUUAUCUACCUUGGACUCGGGGGUCUUUCAGGAGCUCCACUCUCUUAAGCAAGUGAACUUCAACUCUGACUUCCUGUCAUGUGACUGUGGGCUGCGCUGGGUGCCAGGUUACUUUCCUACCAGUACAGCGUGGCUGGGGGACGAGACCGUCUGUGCCUAUCCCAAAAGCCUCCAUGGAAAGCCUCUGCGUGGACUGAGGGAAAGUCAGCUGAGCUGUGAUGGGCCUCUGGAGCUGCACACCCUGUCUCUCCUGCCCUCCCAGCGCCAGGUGGUCUUCAAGGGGGACCGAAUGCCCUUCCACUGCACUGCCGCCCUGGUGGACAAAAUCACUGCGAUGCACUGGCGCCACAACGGCCAGCUGGUGACCUCUGACCCUGAACAGGGUGUCAGUCUGGAGGCCAGCGUGGUGCAUGACUGCACCUUCAUCACCAGUGAGCUCAUCCUGUCCAACGUGCAUGUGGAGGCCAGUGGAGAGUGGGAGUGUGUGGUGGCCACUGGGCGGGGCAACACUUCCCGCAGUGUGGAGAUAGUGGUGCUGGAGAACAGCGCCUCCUUCUGUCUGGAGGAGAGAGUCACUAACAACCGGGGAGAGUUCAAGUGGCAGAAGACCCUGGCAGGUAUCACCUCCUACCAGUUCUGUCUCCAGCUGCGCUACCCCUCCCUGUCCAUGGGGGGUGGUGUAGUGCAGAAGCAGGCAUCACGCUACUGUGACCGCUCAGGGAGCUGGGAGGAGGGAGACUAUGAUAACUGUCUCUACACUAACGACAUCACACGGGUCCUACACACCUUCAUCCUGAUGCCCAUCAAUGCCUCUAAUGCGGCCACUCUGGCACGUCAGGUGCGUACCUACACUGUGGAGGCAUCUGGUUUCACUGACACCAUGGACGUGAUGUACGUGGCCCAGAUGAUGGAGAAAUUCAUGGAAUAUAUCCGACCACUGAGAGAGCUGUCAGAGAUGCUGGUGGACAUGGGCAGUAACCUGAUGCAGGUGGAUGAUCAGAUCCUGGCCCAUGCCCAGAGAGAGAAGAGAGCCUGCAGCUCCAUAGUCCACUCUCUGGAGACCCUGGCCUGGCCCCAGCUACACAGCCAUGCCCAGGACCUCUCCAUGAUCUCCAGGAACAUUGUGAUGGAGGCCCACCUUAUCCGUCCGGCCCACUUCACUGGAAUGAGCUGCACAGCCUACCAACGCAGGGAGACGUUGUUAGGCAACCUGGGCAUGGAGGGGGCAGAGCCCACCCACGAACAGCAGCUCCGCUUCCGCUGCACCACUGGCACCCACAACACCUCCCUAAACAACUUCCCCAUGAAGAAUGCUGUAGCCCUGGCCUCUGUGGUUCUUCCUGCCUCUCUGUUCCCCCCGGACGCCCCGUCAGACUGUAAGCUCCAGUUUGUGGCGUUCCGUACAGGGAGGUUCUUCCCUUUCUCUGGGAACUCCAACGGUCCUGGAGAGCACGUCCGCAGACACAGUAUCAACAGCCCAGUGGUCUACGUAGGCUUGGACGGGUGCAGUCUGUGGAACCACUCGGAGGCUAUCCUGGUGUCCCUGCGUCACUUGACCCCAGGCAGCGAGCCGGUGGCGGCCCACUGGAGCUUACAGGCACUGCUGCAGAAGCAGGGGGGGUGGAGCCAGGAGGGCUGCCAACUAGCCCACACGGACUCUGCCACCUCCACCCUGCGCUGCUCUGUACUCAGCAACUACGCUGUGUUGCAGGAGGUUCCUGACUUCCCCCACUCCCCACCCAUGUCAGUGAGGGUGCUCCACCCUGUGGUUUACACCUGUACUGCAAUCCUCCUCCUCUGCCUCUUCACCAUCAUCAUCACACACAUACUACACCACAGUUCUAUAAAUAUAUCCAGAAAGAGCUGGCACACCUUACUCAAUACCUGCUUCCACAUCGCUAUGACCACAGCUGUGUACACAGGAGGCAUCACCCUGACCAGCUACCCAAUGGUGUGCCAGGCAGUGGGCAUCGCUCUACACUACUCCUCCUUGUCUACUCUGCUGUGGAUCGGUGUCAGCGCCAGAGUCCUCUACAAAGAGUCUGUCUGGAGGAUACCACGGCAACCAGAGGGAGAGUCUACUGUUCCCCCUACUCAGCGGCCUAUGCUCAGGUUCUAUCUAAUAGCUGGUGGUGUUCCUCUCAUCGUAUGUGGCAUCACAGCAGCUGUCAACGUCAACAACUAUGGGGACAACAAUCCUUACUGCUGGUUGGUGUGGCGGCCCAGUUUGGGGGCCUUCUUUGUCCCCGCAGGCUUGGCGGUAUUGGUGACCUGGAUCUAUUUCCUGUGCACUGUGUUUCGCCUGAGGCACCGGGUGUCCAAAGAGUGCCCAAGAUUCUCCCUGUCCUCCCCUGUGCCUGAGAGCCAGCCAGCCCUGGGUGGCAGCACCAGCCUCCUGUCCACAGACUCUGUGGUGGGGACCAUACAUGCUGCGUUGACCCCAAAGGACCAGUACACCCUGAAAGUGCAGUUCCUGGUGCUGGUAGCCACCCACUUCCUGUUCCUGGCCCUGUGGAGCUGUGGAGCCAUGGCCAUGUGGCUGACAGGGCGCAGCAGCCUAUUGUUCAGCUGUCUCUAUGGAGUAGCUGUCACCGUGUUGGGGGUGUUCCUGGUGGUCCACCACUGCUUCCGACGCCUGGACGUGCAGGCCUCCUGGCUAAGGUGUUGUCCAGGAAAUCGGCUCUCCCAGCCCAUACCAGUCUACACGCACACCUGCACCACUGCGAGUGGGGUGCAGACCACCUCUGAACAGGGAUCCCAGAUCUUCAUUGGCUGCCAUCCUCCAGGGGAUCCCCACAACACCUCAUCAGCCAGGUCCUCCUCCACCCCCAGUGGGAUCAGCAGUGUGGGCCCUGGGCCCUGUAAACUUACCAACCUGCUGCAGGUGGCACAAGAAAAUACCAACAAUGCCACUCGUGCCUCAGCAGGCAUCAACACCAGCACCAGUACAGACAAUAACAACAAGCAAGCUAACAACCUGCUGCCCACACUAGGCUCUGUAGCCCCUGUCCAGCCUCAGAGGAGGAAGGUCAGUGGCAGAACUAAACAAGGGAGCAGUCAGUAUCACCACCGAGGUGAAGGCAGAGGUCACUACCGUCUCAAAGCCAUGAGGACUGGUGGGGGAGGGGGCAGUAUGGGAGCACUGGGACCUACAGGUAUAGAGCAGCACAACACUGCCCAUCCAGCCCACAAACAGGCCACUAGUGAGAAUGGCAGUCUCCAUCACAGCCACUCUGAAAGCCCAGCCAGCCCGCUAACCAACGGUAAUGGUAGGAGAGUGGGGGGGACAGUGACCACCAGCCCCUCAGAGGGUAGCGACGGGGGCAGCAGUGGCAGCCGUAAGCCCUUCCCUCUGCUCCCCUCUGUGGCCAGCAGGGUGGCCAUGCAAGGUAAUAGGUGCAGCGCCAGCCGAGACAAUCUGAAACUGGCAGUGGCUGCAGAGCGGGAAGCUAAGCGCUGCUCCUACCCUCUGAACAGUAUCACUACCACUGUGCCAGGGGCUGCGCCUAACGGCAUCAUCAAGAGCUCUGUGAUAGAGAUGGAAUUGGACACAAGUUGUACAGACCAUUCCCAGAGCUCUGUGGGCAUGAAAAGUAUGUGGAAGAGUGAAACUACAGUGUGACACUCACUCUCUCCCAGCAAAUGUCCACAGUGGACCCUGGCAAUAUUUGAUAUGACUGCUGUUGUUGUAGUGUCCUACACCUAUAGAGACAAAUCCUGAUCUGAGAUCCAUGUGUGUAAUUACCCAGCUAGCAUAUAACGUUCUGAGAACCAUAUGUUUCUUAUAGAGCUUGGUGAGAGCAUGGUUGUCCUAUGGUUAUUUUGUAUAAAACCUUCCCACAACUUUCUGCAAAUGGUGCAGGAUAGUUGCUUGUCUUUGGAACAUUCUCAGCACAUUCAAGGAGCUUGACCAAAAAAAGGUUAUUUUCUUUGUAUUUCAUUACUUUAAGAGAACUUUCAAACAUGGUUACAUUUAAUAAAAAUGUUAGUAAUGUUCUAGAAACAUUCUCCAACUGGUUUGACAUUUGGAAUGUUCUCAAAUAGUUCAGAGAACUUUAAGAAACAAUGUUCUUCUGUGGGAAUUUCAGUACUUGAGCAUAAUGUUUCCUACAGGUUUCGAAUAAAACAUAAUUAAAUCUAAAUGUAUUUGUCACAUGCUUUGUAAACAACAGGUGUAGACUAACAAUGAAAUGCUUACUUACGGGUCCUUUUUCAACAAUACAGAGUUAAAGAUAAAGAUAGAAAAUCAAAAUAGUGUCAUGGUUAUAUUUAAGGUCAUGUUCUCAAAUUGUUCCAAGAACGUUAGGAAACAACGUUCUUCUCUGGGAAUGUCAUUACCAUAGAAUAACGUUUUCUACAGGCUUCUUCAAGGUUCUAAUUAAAGUAAUGUUCACAAAUUGUUCCGAGAAUAUUAACUUUCCAUAAAAAAACACAAGAAAACUUUAGUAACGUUCAGAAGAAGUUUUAAGAAUGUUAUUUAAAAACAUAUAUUUCCAUCCAUCCGCAUCAAUGAAACUCUUUCUAUCCUUUAUCUUGUAUCUUGUGUGUUCAGGUGUGUUGGCCUUGCCCACUAAUUGGCCAUACCCGAGUGCUUCUUUCCCUGUAAAACGGGGUCCGUUUGAAUAGACUAAAAUUAAAAGCUUUGUACUCGUAAAAAAAAACAUGGCAUGCUGGCUCCAUCCGGGUGGCGCAGUGGACUAAUUCCAUGAAUAGAGAACGUAAGAUUAUAGGUUUGAAUCUCACUGAUGCAUCACAAUUGCAUGAUUAAUUCCUAAGGAAAUUAAUUUCCAUGUGUCCUAUCUGUGCUUGGAGUUCAAUAAAGUUGACUCAAAAUAA